AAAAGGUUUUAGGGGGAGUAUCCCGGAGAGAGGAUGAGCGGGAAAGGUGGCGGAGGCGGUGGCGGUGGCGGAAAUAAUGGGUUAGGAAAGGGUAAUAAUACUGGACUUUCAGGUAUUCCGCCUGGGUCUCGGAAGAUGGUCCAGAGCUUGAAAGAGAUUGUUAACUGCCCGGAACCCGAGAUCUAUGCUAUGCUUAAAGAGUGUAACAUGGACCCUAACGAGGCCGUCAACCGUCUCCUCUCUCAAGAUCCUUUUCACGAGGUGAAGAGCAAACGAGACAAGAAAAAAGAGAGCAAGGACACAGUCGAUUCGAGGUCUCGUGGUGCCAAUAACCCUGGGAGUCGUGGCGGUAGGAGUGGUUCAGACCAAUAUACUGGACGUGGCGGUUCGUCUCAUUACAGUUCAAAUGAUGGUGCCAAUAACCCUGGGAGUCGUGGUGGUAGGAGUGGUUCAGACCGAUAUACUGGAUGUGGCGUUUCGUCUCAUUACAGUUCAAAUAAGUCUGGCCCAUCACAUGGUAAACCUGCACAAAAGAGAGAAAAUGGAGCCCAUGCAGUUGCAGCCUCUUCACCUUCUGCAUCUGGUAUGCAAGGAAAUAGCACGUGUCCUCGACCUCCAUCCCACAGUGAAGUUGUGGUUUCAGAGCAUAAAAUGUCCACAUUAGGUCUAGGUGAUGGGAUUUCUUCUUCAUCACAGCCUACUGGACACCAAUCUGCUUGGGUGGGGGUUCCAGGUCAAGUAUCAAUGGCUGAUAUUGUGAAGAUGGGCAGGCCACAAAACAAGCCUUCUUCCAUGCCAAACCCUUCUCAGCAAAGCACUAAUAAUCAGCAUCAUGUGGUACCUCCUUCGGCAGCAUUACAUUCCAACUUCGAGGACCAUGUUUCCAAGGAGUCGGAUGUUACUUAUGAGCCUGAUGUCACCAAAAACCAGCACGAUUCUCCAAGGGAUGAAUGUUCCCCCAUUGAGAUCCCAUCUGCUGCUAGUGUGACCUCUGUCUUAGAGGCACCUCUGGAGUCUGGACUCUAUGCUAAUGCAUCUAACUUGCCUUUGGGUAGAAGUAAUCAACACCUAAAGUCCCAGUUGGAGGAAGCUCAGGCAGUGGAUGAUGGUCCUCUUGAAAUCGUCAAUGGUGACCAUGUUAGGUCCCCUCCUAUUUCAAGUAGAAAUAUACAAGAGGAUAACUCUAGAAGUUCAUCACUUUAUGAUAACGACUUAUAUAAGGAUAUGAAUUCGUAUCAGCCUCCUGUGCAUGGCUUUGAGAAUGAUGAAGAUGGUUCUUCGUCAGUUGCAAUGAAUUUGCAGCAACUAAAUUUACAUAAUGAUGAUCGGGAGCCGCCAACUGAAGAAGAUAAUCCUUCCCUAAUAAUUCCAAAUCAUCUGCUAGCCCACUCCCCAGAUUGUUCACAUUUGAGUUUUGGAAGUUUUGGACCUGCCGUUGGUUCUGCCUUUUCUGGACCAUUUGCAUCAAGGGCAUCAAAGAAUAGUUUAGACGAGGUACCUGAAGUAGCAGAUGCCUCAUCUAUUGGGCACUCAGAUAGUAGAGAUCCUGAGUAUUAUGGUGACAAACAUCUCAGAAGUAACUCAGAGGGAAAUAUAAUAAAUAGAAGUAAUGUCAGCACUGGUAAUUAUGAAGUUCCUGAAGAUUCUCAACUAGAGGUUUUGAAUCAGGAUGCUUCUGAAGCUGCCCAAGGGAGCCAAUAUACAUUUCCUCCAUCUGUGUCUGAUUAUAACUAUGAAAACCCGGAACAGUUGAAUCCUGCUUUCACUCAUAUGCAGACAAGUACUCAAAUGCAAAGUCUCAAUCCUUUCUCAAGUGUAAUGCAAGAGUAUACAAAUUCAUUGCCAAGCACUUUGUUGACAUCAACCGUUCAGACUGCAAGGGAGCCAGAUCUUCCAUAUUCACCCUUCCCUGUGACUCGGUCAAUGCCAUCAAAAUACAUCAAUGCUACCUCUUCCAUUAGUGGUCCAACCAUUUCUAUGCCAGAGGCUCUAAGAGCAGCUAGUAUUUCUGCACCGCAGCCCACUCCACAGUCCUUGCCUGAUGCCAAUGUUGCCACAGGACCUGCACUUCCGCAACAUUUAGCCAUGCACCCUUUUUCCCAACCUACACUUCCAUUGGGACACUAUGCCAACAUGAUUGGUUAUCCCUUCUUACCUCAGAAUUACACGUAUAUGCCAUCAGCUUUCCAGCAAACAUUUGCUGGUAAUAGCAACUACCCUCAGUCCCUGGCAACAAUGCUCCCCCAAUACAAGAACAGUGUUUCUGUUAGCAGUUUGCCUCAAUCCUCUGCAGCCCCACCUGGCUAUGGGUUUGGGAGUUCUCCCAAAAUCCCUGGAGGACUCUCUCUCAAUCCACCUACUGCACCUGCGGGCACAACCAUCGGUUACAAUGAUGUUCUUAGUUCUCAGUACAAGGACAUCAAUCAUCUGAUGUCACUUCAGCAGCAGAAUGAGAAUUCGGCCAUGUGGAUUCACGGACCCGGCUCACGAACGAUGUCUUCUGUUCCUGCAAGCACAUAUUACAGCUUUCAGGGGCAGAACCAGCAGGCUGGUGGGUUUCGACAAGGGCAACAACCACCUUCACAGCAUUUUGGGUCUCUUGGAUACCUGAAUUUCUACCAUUCUCAAACGGGAUUAUCGCUGGACCACCAGCAGCAAAACCCUAGGGAUGGGUCCCUGAGUGGAUCUCAAGGCCAGCCACCAUCAAAGCAGACCCAACAGCUAUGGCCAAAUAAUUACUAAUCAUGCCCCUCCUGGUUUUUCAGGGUCUUGUAGUGUGUUUAGACGUUGCUGAUGAAAGGCCCUCCUCGCAAUUGAGAAUAACUAUACGAACGAGUAACUAAUACGUCAUCGAUGAUGGAUCUGAAGUGACCUUGACUGGCUACUGCCCUGUGCCACGAUGUUGUAUUCUACAUUUUAAUUUAUUGUUCAGUUAUGGUAUGUUAACUUAGGAACACAGUGUGCUAAUUUGUGGUAGUGGACUCUACUUUUUUC